GCCGCCGCGGCUGCCCAUGGAGGCCGCCGAGGCCGAGGUGCGGCUCCUCUUGCAGGAGGCUCGCGAGAGCAUCGAGGCGGCGCGGAGUUACCGACGGGAGCUGCAGCAGCGGCUGCGGGGGCUGCACCAGGCGCGGGAGCAGAUCAAAGAUAGUGCAACAUUGACCAGAGAUGUGCUUGAGCAGCAUUUUAGCGAUUUGAAAGGGACUCUGAAGAAGCUGCUGGACGAGAGACUGAUGUCCCUGCUGCAGGAAGUGGAUGUCAUAGAGCAAGAGAGCAUCAAGCCCCUGGAUGAGUGCCAGAAGCUGAUAGAGCAUGGAGUCAGCACCGCUGAUGAUCUGCUCAGGGAAGGAGAGAGUGCAGUCGAUGGAGAUGUGGGACAACAGAACGAGAAACUUUGCAACUUUACAAAAAAAGCUUUACAUAUUCAGCUAGAUAGCUUACCAGAAGUGCCCUCCUUGGUUGAUGUGCCUUGUUUAUCUGCCCAGCUGGAUGACUGCUUCCUUACUAUAUUGAAAAAUCAAAUAUUUAGACAUGGAACUGUGGCAUCCCGCCCACCUGUACAGCUGGAAGAGUUUGUGGAAAAACCUGGAGGUAUUCUAGUCCGAUGGUGUAAGGUGGAUGAGGAUUUCCUAGCCCAGGACUACCGGCUGCAGUACCGCAAGAGCACCGCCAGCCACUUUGAGGACGUGUACGUGGGCUCAGAGACAGAGUUCAUGGUGCUGCACAUCGACCCCAACGUGGAUUACCAGUUCCGGGUGUGCGCCCGCGGGGACGGGAGGCAGGAGUGGAGCCCCUGGAGCGUCCCCCAGAGCGGCCGCACCACGCUGGUCCCCCACGAAUGGACAACUGGUCUGGAGGGUUACAGCUUGAGCAGCCGAAGAAACAUAGCACUUCGGAAUGAUUCUCAGUCGUGUGGUGUGCUCUACUCCAAAGCUCCUACUUAUUUCUGUGGGCAAACAUUAACAUUCAGAAUUGAGACCGUGGGACAGCCAGACCGCCGGGACAGCCUGGGGGUGUGUGUGGAGCAGCAGAACGGCGACGACUCGCUGCAGCGGGACAAGGCCGUGUGCAUCAGCACAAAUGGAGCAGUAUUUGUAAAUGGAAAAGAGAUGACAAACCAGUUGCCUGCUGUUACUUCUGGCUCGACUGUGACCUUUGACAUGGAAGUUGUGCAGUUGGGACCCUGCAGCAACGAGGGAGGAAACUUCAAGCUUCGAGUCACCAUCAGCUCUAACAACAGAGAAGUGGUCUUUGAUUGGGUACUUGAUCAGUGCUGUGGCUCUUUGUAUUUUGGAUGUUCGUUUUCAUACCCAGGCUGGAAGGUUUUGGUCUUUUAGCAGUGAGUAAAGGAAUUUUUCGUUCUUGCUGUAAAUUGUAAUGUUAAAAGCUGAGUUUCCAGCUGUUUGACAACAAUCUGGUAACAAACCCCUGUCUUUAUAGUACUUGAACUCCACUAUAUUGUACUUUGUACUGGAUUAAUUUAAACAAUAAUUGUGAACAUUGGAUUCGUGACUCUGGAAAAAGCUAGAAACGAAUAUUUGUGUAGGCAAAUUAAUUUAAGCAGUCCAUCAGCCCUUUCCCUUUUUUCCUCUAGACUUGAUUUUUGUCAGUAUUUCAUUGUACUCGUCUCAGGGUACGCACGUUGUGUAGAAUUAACUUUGCUUAAAGCUGCUGCUCUGUGAAGCAGGCGUUUUAGGGGUGGUAAUGGACCAAAGUUGUAUUUCUACCACUCAGAGCACAGUAUUUAGAGCAGUGAGGUCCUGCUGUGCUUCCUCGUGCACAAUGCUGCCUUAGGAGUCCGCGCAUGGUACUGUUCAUCCCUCACAGCAGGGACUCUGAGCCAGCCUGCCUCUAACUGUCUCACUUAAGUGCCUUACUUUGAUACUUCUUGAACUGUUUUCUGUGUUGUCACUUGCAAUAUGUUUUCUAGAACAGCUGCAUGGUGAUGCUUACAUUGCCCAUGCAUGACUGCCUCAAGCAGACCAACAGCCAGAGCAGGAUAUUAUCCUGAGCCUCUCUGAAUGUCUUCCUUGGUUACAAUUCACACACAGCCUCUGUCAGAGCAAGUCUCAGUGAUUUGGUACCUGAGCUCAAGCUGUGGAUUGGUAGCUGUGAUUCCUCAGAGACCUUCUAACACUCAGAGACAACCUUCUCUUACCGUCUGACAACACAAAUGCUGUUGUGAGGUGCAGGAUUUGUGACAAUCCCAGAUUCUGCCUGGGGACACUGGGCAGUCAGUGCAGGUGUAUGGCCCAAGCACUGCAGGCAGACCCUACCUGCAGAUUUAAUCUGGGGCAGUCAGCAUUGAAGAGAUGGUGGUAAUUAAGCUGUCUCCUCCACAGAGUAGGGUGGGAUAAAUAAUAGUGUGAAUUAAAUGACUUGGAAUUCAGAAGUUAUGUAAAGUUACACAUUUUUUUCUCUAAGGAGCAACUAAGAUGGAUAAUCUCAGUCUCAAAGAGAGCAUAUUCCUGGUUAAAAGAUUGCAAUGCUAAUGGAUUUAAAGAAUAUUUAAAAGUAACACUCACUGAGGGCCAUCUUACCUCAAGUUCAAUUAAAAUUAAAUAGAUUUUAUCAUGUUAGAAUAGCACUAUUUUUAUAAAGCCUAGACAAUCACACUGCCUUUCCUUCAGUGGCAAUGUGCUACCAUAAUAAGCUUAAAGCAUAAAAGCUUAUUUUACAGUUAAUUAGCAUUGCCCAUACCCAUACUCUGUCAGUACAAAAAGAUCAGCCCUCCUGCCUGAAUUUUUCCCCAAGCAGCUGUAGCAGGGGUACAAGAAUUUCAGGCAAGGAAAAGGGCUUUUUAUAUUUAUACCAACCUAUUUACAAGAGGGAAAAAACAUGCGUGGAUUUAGAUGAGUGCAAAGAACCUGCACAAGGCAGAAUUAGGUUGGAAUUGGCUGGAAGACAUGAAGUGAGACUGAACUGCUGCAGGUCAGAUCAUCCACUGUUAGCAACAAAGGCUUGCACUACUCAGUUUUUCAAGCUUCACUAGUUCAGUGUUAGGGAAGAAGAGAAUACUGGCUUAUCCUGUGCUUUCAAUGUUACUUCACUUCUCCUGUGAAAAGUGUUUUCAAUACUUAUACAAAAAGGUUCAGUAAAUGAAAGUGACAGUCCUGCUCAGAGGGGUGGGCUGGCACUCCAGAUAGAAGCUGACUUAAAUCUUGCUCUGUGUAGUAGUGCUGGCAGUUCUACUUACACACUUCAGGUAUCAGGUACUAGUUGUAACUUAGUACUUUUACCAUAUGGAAACCAAAAUUGUGAAUAUCCAUGCUUCUGAGGUACCCACAGGUCAGGUACCUUUUCAUUUGCUUUUGGAGGGGCUGGUCAGACUGUAGAUUAUGCAGGAUAUUUACUUACAUAUUAGAAAAUAAAGCUUAAACUUUGAAUUCAGGUACUUCCAGAGGUGGCAAUGCCGUGGCAGGUUGUUCAGAAUAUACAUAAAAGCAGCUGAAAGAUGACUGUGAAGGCCCAUGAGAGGCCCCUACUGCUGCCCUGGGGAAGGCAAGAGAAGUUUUUCUGCCUUCAGGCUUUAGCUGUGUGUUCAGUGAGGGCAGUUUGGUUCUUUUGUUGUUAGCGUCGUGGUGGUUUUGGCUUUUUAUUUGUACUUGGCACAAGCCUCGCUGUCUAAAUUGCAAAUGAGGUACUUUCAGCCACCUCUUGGAGAGCUGCACCUUGUUAACAGGGGAGGAGUGAAGAGUCUCAGGACAAGAGAGCCGAGCACUAAAGGAACAAAGGAUGCAAAGAAGCGGAAGAGGCUUGAACUAAAAAGGUGUAAAUUCUGUUCUUCCGCAGCAGAGUUCAGCUGGAUGGAAAAUUUGGCACUUCCUGUACAAUUUGCACCCCUAGCUCUUGGAGCCCUGCAAACAACAGAGUGUUAAUAGCUUAUGAAACCCAAUCCUGAAAGUUGUUUUCCUAAGCUAGUACAUUCACUUACCUCAACUAAGACUUACGUGUCAAGAGAAUUUUGAUUUUUUUUUUUUAAUAAAAGUUAUAUCCCUCAACUGUGUAUGGUCUAGAAUAUUUAUUGGGACAUAAAGCUGAGCACCACAGCAUUCUAACCAUGUAAGAAAAUGUUUUCUAGGGCACUGGAGCCAUCUUUAGGAGCUUCUACCCAUUUAUUUUUCCCAAUUAUUUAAUCUUCUGUCCCUCCAAAGU